AUGCCUGGAAGUGUAGGACUGGACCUCAGUUCCGCCUCCCACACAGUACUAACCCCGGAAAUGGGAAUUCAAAUAAUAAAGACAGGUGUGCACAGUCCCUUGCCUCCAGGCACUUGUGGUCUGAUUCUAGGAAGAGGUAGCUCAGGCCUUAGAGGCCUGACAGUUAUACCAGGGGUACUUGAUUCAGAUUAUAUGGGAGAAAUUAAAAUUCUAAUAAAAACUAAGAACGUUAUUGUGCCCAUCGCCCUGGGAGAUAGGCUUGCCCAACUUGUGUUGAUUCUCCUAGCCGCAGGACAAAUUUCCCCCAUGCCUGCACCUCCCAUAGUUUUGGCUCUUCAGCCGCCUAUUGGGUCCAGACCAUCACCCACGAAAAGCCAACCCUAA